UACCUGCCCCCAAAAAGCCAAAACUCAAUUGGGAAUUUCUCAAUGCAUCUCAAGCUCCCUUUCCUGAACACAACAGGAAAAUUCACCCCCAAGAGAGAAUGGCUCUGUUAGCUUCAGUUUCAGCCACUCCCCUCGCCUUCUCAGCCUCAUACAGAACUCACCCUCCAAGACCAACACACAGGCGCUUGUUUCCUCCAUCACUGGCUUCUCUGAGCUCCUCAUCGUCGCCUGUUUCCCCUGAUCCGCCACGUUCCAAACCCGAAACUACUGAGACCUCGCCCUCGCCCUCCUCUUCAAAGCCUCUGGUCGAAUCCUAUAAAGUGCCGGACAAGGGCCUCAACUAUGCCCUUGCCAGCCCCAAUGGGAAGAGCCCUGUUGUUCGGUUUGCUCAGUCCGCCGAGUCCUCCGUUGAAAAGGUAAUAUUUGACUUCCGCUUCCUGGCACUUUUUGCUGUUGGGGGCUCAUUGGCUGGUUCUUUGCUAUGCUUCCUAAAUGGUUGUGUUUAUAUUGUUGAUGCAUACAAAGUUUACUGGACAAACUGUGUCAAAGGGAUACACACGGGGAAGAUGGUACUACGAUUAGUUGAAGCUAUUGACGUGUAUCUUGCUGGGACUGUCAUGUUGAUAUUUGGCAUGGGUUUAUACGGACUAUUUAUCAGUAAUGUACCUCCUGAUGAACCUCCCUCAGUUGAUCGUGCUCUCAAGGGCUCUUCCUUAUUUGGGAUGUUUGCUCUGAAGGAGAGGCCUCAAUGGAUGAAGAUCUCCUCGCUCGAUGAACUGAAGACUAAAGUUGGGCAUGUUAUUGUCAUGAUUCUCCUAGUGAAGAUGUUUGAGAGGAGCAAGAUGGUGGCCAUAUCUACUGGCAUGGAUCUGCUAAGCUAUUCUGUGUGCAUCUUCUUGUCUUCCGCCUCAUUGUACAUACUUCAUAAUCUGCACAAGGGUGAAUAAAUAGCCCCUCGCAUCUAAUUAAUUUAUGUUAACGUCUAAAAGUUAUAAAUGCUGCUUCAAAAUAUGUAAUUCUUGAUGUUAAUGUCAGUAGCCAUUGCCUUGUGGUUGCUCCAAGCACUUGAAAUGUCCAUCAACUUGUGUUAGAAUUUUAAUGUACAAUUUUAUCAUAUUAUUUUUGUUUGUAAA